AAACUGUGUUGUGUUGAUAGCCACUACCAGUCCUAUCUGAAGAGUGAGUUCCACUGUAAACACCAGAUUGAUGUGCUGACCAGCGGUGAUGUCUUUCUUGCUGACAUCCUGUAUAAUGACACAGCCUUGUUCUACUUCAUGGAGUUUAUGGAACAAGAAGGAGCCAUGAACCUGCUACAGUUCUGGCUGGCUGCAAACAACUUCCAACAGACGCUGGCCUCCAAGCAGGGGCAGUAUGACGGGCUGGAGGCACAGAAUGAUGCCAUGGUGCUGUAUGAUAAGUAUUUUUCCUUGCAAGCGACCACCCCUCUCGGUGUAGACGAGGCCACAAGAUUUGAGAUUGAGAACCAGAUCUGUCGCGAGGGAGGCCCCUUACCGAACUGCUUUGAGACACCGAUGAGACAAACCCUCACCACUAUAGAAUCUAUGUAUUUCCCCACCUUCCUGACCAGUGAGUUGUACUUUAAGUACCUCAAUGAGCUCAUCAACACCAUCAAGACCGACGUGAAGAGCACAGGCAGCCUUCCCUCCCCCAGCCCACAUCACAAGGGCCAUCGUCGGCAGGGUAGCAAUGCGAGCAGCGAGGCUGGGAGUGUGGGCAGCUCUAACACCACCACCACCAACACACUGUUAGCCGGGGGAGUGGUGCACAAGCAGGAGAAACAGAGCACCAAAGUCAUCAAGGGGCUGGACAACGACUUCAGGAUAGAUCCUCAUCAGUUCAACCCCGACCAGCUCUGGCAAAGGCCAAAUGUUGGAAGCAGUGAGACAAGGAAUAUGUCUGUCGGGAGAAUGAAUGAGUUGGGCCAGUUUAUACCAGAGUAUGAAGUCCUUCCAGAAUCAGAGAGAACCAAACAGUCUUCAGCGUCCAAACUGUGGAAAAAAUAUGUGUCUCGUGAACCGGACGAGGAAAAGGAGGAGAUGGCGUGGAAGAUUGCUCAGAUGAUCGUGUCGAACAUCACACGGCAGACGGGAGGCGAAGAGCUGGAUUCGCCGGACUCCGACAGCUGAUGUCUGCUGUUCACACUAGCAUAAGACCUCAGCAUAAGACAUUCUGUCACCAAUUAUUCUAUUGUUUGCAAAAGAAAAGUAGCCUAAGUAGGAAUUCUAUCUCCCUGUUAAAUGAAAUGAUAUUACAACAAAAACCAUAUACUGUAUUACCAUGUACUACUCAACAGUGAAAAUUAUAUUUACAGAUAAUUUGUCUAUAUUAGACUCAAGAAAUGUGGUCCAAAGUGUGAUCAGGAUUUGUAGACAUUGUUACAUUGGAUAACCUCACCCACCUAGCUACAUCAAUCUCAACUAUUACAACCGCAAUUUUCAAGCACUCUAUAGAAUAUCUAUUCUAUGUAUAGUCUAAUAAGUACCGUCCUAAGAGUUUAUUACGUAAAGAUUUGCAAUUCUAAAGGUGUAUGUUGCUGUCAUAGCAACAUGGGGGUAAACAGAUGCCCAACAGGGACUGUGUUGUAGUUAGUAAAAAAUUUGUGUAUCUUUUUAACCAUCAAAGUUUUUCCAUGUAUUAAUAGUUCAUGGUAUGUCUUGCUUUAACUAAGUUGCUGUCACAUUGUACUGUUAUAUUUUGAUAGUCUUAGCUCACAUACAAAAAGCUGAAGAUUUUUAGAUACCCAACAUUGUGUGAAAGUUUGUAAAUUCACUGCAUCAAGAUUGAUAAUAGGUAAUAUUUGCUUUUUAUAUGCCACUCUCCAUUCACCUGUAGAUCUGUCUUCAUGCAGACAAUUUUUUCCAGCACGUAAUCACAUAGACCAAUCAUAGUGCAGAUAAUAUGUUUGCAGAACCAUUUCUGGUACUGUAAUUCAAACUAAAAAAUCACAGCUGGACUUUUGCAAUGACAUUUGUGCUGAUUAAUUUUUUAAGUGAGAAGAUUUGAGGAACAAAUUAUCAUGUGAGCAGUAGUUGCUGCCAGUUACACAAAAAAAAAAUCUUCAAUUUUUGUACAUACAAGAGAAUGUCAAGUUCUGAAUCUUGCCAGGAUGUGUCGACUGAACAAAUAAGGAUUUAAGUUUUGGACUACUUAAAAAAAGUUCUGAUGAAAGCAGUGUUAAAAUGGUUGUUGAUUGUGGAAAGUGUCAAGGGAUUCUUGAAUAUUUGUAUGAAGUAUUCAUACGUUUCAAUGCAAUAAUUACUCCAUGAUAUAGUGUAUGUAUGUUAGUGCAUCUAAGUCAAUUUGUAACAAAUUAGAAAUUUUGUUCCUUUGUUGUAGAGUUAGUUGAAUGGCAAGUUGUGAUUGGUCAUCUAAGAUUGGAUAUCUAUGACAUCAGUAUCCAUGUUUGUACCUCUGUGACAGUUAAUUUCUUACCAUUUUGCCUUAUUUUGUAACGGUACCGUGGCACAUAUGGUCGUUUUUCUUUUUUACCAACCAGAUACUGUACACAAGACCAACAGGUGGGUCAUCAAAUUAUUCAUUUGUAUGCACUGUCACAAAUGUAAUAAGCCAAUCUGUGAUGCAAUGUCAAAUCAGUUGUGGCCAUCGUUAAAACAGUUUGAGACUAAAGCCAUACCUUGUAGUAUUGAUCUUCAUUAUACUGCAUAUUUGACUGCAAUGCUUUUGAAACCAUUGAUUCCACAAGUUGUAAACCAGAACUGCUUUAGGUUUGUGUGCCCAUUUAUGGUGCAAUCUUCUCAGUGAUGGUAGUACAUGUACUUAUUGAUUGUGAUUUUAUUGUUAAGUUUCAUGUAUUUCCCAACUGUCUGUACCCUGUAACAAAUUGACUUAACAUCUCCAAACAUGUACAAAAAAAGAUUUUAAAUUGUGCAUCAAAGAGAGAUGUAUUCCCAAUGCUUGCUUCAUAUCCACACAUUGCAGUUGUGAACUGUGAUUGUAAAGUAAUUAAGUAUUAUGUACAUUUAUAGCCGUUAAUCUUAGAUAUAACUCAUUCAGAUAUGUGAUAGAAACAUACAUACACUAGCAUGGAAGGAGACAAACAAGACUAGAUUUAGUUUCUAACAUGAUUUUUCUGAUUUCCAAAGCUUUUUUGUACAUAGUUGUACAAGUGUACAGUAGUUGUAAAUGAACAAAAAUGUGAUUAUUAUACAUUACUUGUGGAUAUUUUUUCAGGAAAUACAGCAUAAUAACAGCCAAACGAUAUAGAUGAACAGCAAAAUAUGAUGUCCUGUAGUCUCAACAGAUUUUUAUUAAUUAAACCACUGAAAGGUGCGAUCAGAAAUGUGUGUGGUGUUGUUUAUGUUGUGUUUCAUAUUUAGAGUGUUACAUCACACUCACUGCCUCUCAGCAAGGAUGAACUAACUUCAGUCACUUUUACUUUCUCAAACCCUAAAUCUUUCUACCUGAGCAAAAAAAAAACAUCACAAAUAACUUAAUGAUGCUACAGUUUAAUGGAAUGAAAUAUAAGGUAAAGCAAAGCAUGACAAUUUACAUAUUGUCUCUAUGUACUCUAUAGUAGUACAUACUGAGAUGGCCUUACAACAGCACAGCACAGUACUACAUGUUCGCCACAACACUAAAGUCCAGUCACUUGUAUGAUGGUUUUACAGAGCAUUUACAACCUUCAUACUUACUGUUGACAAAGAUACAUGUACUACACAUUCUUGACAGGUUUCCUUAUGAACAAAUAUUAAAUAAAGGAACCAUCUACAAGUACACAUUUCUCAUUACAUGCAGCUUAUUUUCAGGUCCACAGUACUGUAGACACUGAGAAGUGGGUGAGGAUCUUUCUUCCAUGAUGUAAGUUAGGUCUUAAAUCUGAUAUGCCGGACAUGUGUCGUUGC